AGCGGAAGCGGAAGCGGCAGGAGCGGCCAUGAGGGCCCCGGGGCCGUGCGCGGAGUGCGGGGCGGGGGCCGCGGCCCGGUACCGCUGUCCGCGCUGCGGAACCGCUUACUGCUCCGUGCCGUGCUGCCGGACCCACCGCGAGCGCUGCGCGCCCGGUGCCCGGCGGGAGAAGGAGGCGACCGGGCAGGGAUCCCCCCCUGCCCCCGCAGGCAGCCCCGGGGCCCCGGAGGACAUCCUGGGCGAGGAGGAGGAGCAGGACCGCGUCCCGCCGCAGAAACUGCAGCUCCUGGGAGAGUCGGCGGAGCUGCGGGAUCUGCUGCGGAACCCCCACCUGCGGCAGCUGCUGCUGGCCCUGGAGCAGGCUCGGGACAAAAGCUCCCUCCUGCGGCGGCUGAUGCAGGAGCCGCUGUUCCUGGAGUUCGCCGACUGCUGCCUGGGCAUCGUGGAGCCUCCCGAGGAGAAGGAGAACGUCCUCCCCGAGUGAGCUGCUGGGGGAGUGGGGCUUGUUUGAUUUGUCACUGAGAUUUUUAUGUGGUGAGGUUUGUGUGCACUCUCCUGUGUGCCCGUGGAUGUCAGAGCUCUGAGUUCAGGCUGGAGCUGACAAACAGGGGCAGGGCUGUGCUGGGACUUUCUUUUUUACAUCCUGGGGGUUGAACUUGGUACUCUGUGGGAUUCUUGGGCAGCCACAGGAAAUGCUGCUUCACAGUGACAAUAUUAAAUAUAUCUGGGUUGAUUUUAA